UAUAACAGUGGCAGGAGGAGGAGAGCAAAGCUAUUGAGCCAGCGAGGAGUGAAGCUGAGCCUGGCCUCACACGCUCCUAGAGGACCAUCUCCUGAGACAGAGUUCUUUCUCCCCCUUCUCUUUCUCCAAGCUCCCCUCCUGCCUUCCUCCCUGCCCGGUACAAUGCAUUCUUGAGUGGCAGCGUCUGGACUCCAGGCGGCCCCAGAGAACCGAAGCAAGCCAGAGAGAGGACUGGAGCCAAGACACUCUGGUGGGGGAGCUUGGAUGCCUGACUUUCUUUGAGGACAUCUUUGGAGCAAGGGUGGCUUUGGGGUGGGGGGUUGUGCUGCAGGGAAUCCAGCCAGGCCCCAAGAUGGACACUUCUGGGCACUUCCAUGACUCGGGGGUGGGGGACCUGGAUGAAGACCCCAAGUGUCCCUGUCCAUCCUCUGGAGAUGAGCAGCAGCAGCAACAACAGCAGCAGCAGCAACAGCAGCAGCAACAACAGCUUCAGCAGCAGCAGCAGCAACAGCAGCAACCACCACCACCGCCAGCGCCACCAGCAGCCCCCCAGCAACCCCCAGGACCCCCGUUGCAGCCUCAGCCUCCGCAGCUUCAGCAGCAGCAGCCACCGCAUCCCCUGUCUCAGCUCGCUCAACUCCAGAGCCAGCCUGUCCAUCCCGGCCUGCUGCACUCCUCUCCCACUGCUUUCAGGGCCCCCCCUUCGUCCAACUCCACCACCAUUCUCCACCCUUCCUCCAGGCAAGGCAGCCAGCUCAAUCUCAAUGACCACUUGCUUGGCCACUCUCCAAGUUCCACAGCCACAAGUGGGCCUGGUGGAGGCGGCCGGCACCGGCAGGCCAGCCCCCUGGUGCACCGGCGGGACAGCAACCCUUUCACAGAGAUCGCCAUGAGCUCCUGCAAGUACAGCGGUGGGGUCAUGAAGCCCCUCAGCCGCCUCAGCGCCUCCCGGAGGAACCUCAUUGAGGCUGAACCCGAGGGCCAACCCCUCCAGCUCUUCAGCCCCAGCAAUCCCCCCGAGAUCAUUAUUUCCUCCCGGGAGGACAACCAUGCCCACCAGACCCUGCUCCAUCACCCCAAUGCUACCCACAACCACCAGCACGCCGGCACCACCGCCAGCAGCACCACCUUCCCCAAAGCCAACAAGCGGAAAAACCAAAACAUUGGCUAUAAGCUGGGACACAGGAGGGCCCUGUUUGAAAAGAGAAAGCGACUGAGUGACUAUGCUCUGAUUUUUGGGAUGUUUGGAAUUGUUGUUAUGGUGAUAGAGACCGAGCUCUCUUGGGGUUUGUACUCAAAGGAUUCCAUGUUUUCGUUGGCCCUGAAAUGCCUUAUCAGUCUGUCCACCAUCAUCCUUUUGGGUUUGAUCAUCGCCUAUCACACACGUGAAGUCCAGCUCUUCGUGAUCGACAAUGGUGCGGACGACUGGCGGAUAGCCAUGACCUACGAACGCAUCCUCUACAUCAGCCUGGAGAUGCUGGUGUGCGCCAUCCACCCCAUCCCCGGUGAAUACAAGUUCUUCUGGACGGCGCGCCUGGCCUUCUCCUACACCCCCUCGCGGGCGGAGGCCGACGUGGACAUCAUCCUGUCCAUCCCCAUGUUCCUGCGCCUGUACCUGAUCGCCCGCGUCAUGCUGCUUCACAGCAAGCUCUUCACCGAUGCCUCCUCCCGCAGCAUCGGGGCCCUCAACAAGAUCAACUUCAACACCCGCUUCGUCAUGAAGACCCUCAUGACCAUCUGCCCCGGCACCGUGCUGCUGGUGUUCAGCAUCUCGCUCUGGAUCAUCGCCGCCUGGACGGUCCGCGUGUGUGAAAGUCCUGAAUCACCAGCCCGGCUGUCAUCACUUCCUGCCUGGUACCAUGACCAGCAGGACGUAACUAGUAACUUUCUGGGUGCCAUGUGGCUCAUCUCCAUCACAUUCCUUUCCAUUGGUUAUGGGGACAUGGUGCCUCACACGUACUGUGGGAAAGGUGUCUGUCUCCUCACUGGCAUCAUGGGUGCCGGCUGCACUGCCCUCGUGGUGGCCGUGGUGGCCCGAAAGCUGGAACUCACCAAAGCCGAGAAGCAUGUUCACAACUUCAUGAUGGACACUCAGCUCACCAAACGGAUCAAGAAUGCUGCAGCCAAUGUCCUUCGGGAAACGUGGCUAAUCUAUAAACACACAAAGCUGCUAAAGAAGAUUGACCACGCUAAAGUCAGGAAGCACCAGAGGAAGUUUCUCCAGGCUAUCCACCAACUAAGGAGUGUCAAGAUGGAGCAGAGGAAGCUGAGUGACCAAGCCAACACCCUGGUGGACCUUUCCAAGAUGCAGAACGUCAUGUAUGACUUAAUCACAGAACUCAACGACAGGAGCGAAGACCUGGAGAAGCAAAUCGGUAGCCUGGAGUCCAAGCUGGAGCACCUCACUGCCAGCUUCAACUCUCUGCCCCUGCUUGUCGCCGAGACCCUGCGCCAGCAGCAGCAGCAGCUCCUGUCUGCCAUCAUCGAGGCCCGGGGCGUCAGUGUGGCGGUGGGCACCACCCACACCCCACUCUCCGACAGCCCAAUUGGGGUCAGCUCCACCUCCUUCCCCACCCCAUACACAAGUUCAAGCAGUUGCUAAAUAAAACUCCCCACUCCAGAAGCAUUACCCAUAGGUCUUAAGAUGCAAAUCAACUUUCUCCUGGUCACUUUGCCAUCAAGGAACAUUCAGACCAGGGGACAGAAGGAAGAGAGACCACGUUAAUUAACUAAUUCGUGUUCACUCAGCGUGCUUGGUUCGAUAUGCCUUGAAACCAGAAAUCUAAUCUCUGUUUAGGUGCCUCUACUUGGGAGCGGGAAGAGGAGAUGACAGGAAGCGUCGCCUCUGGCAGGGCCCUUGCUGCAGAGCUGGUGGAGAACAGAAAUCCACGCUCAAUCUCAGUGUUGAAUGGAUUGAGUACACUCACACCUGGAAUGCUGACCCAGUGACUCAGAGCUCCCGCUAUAACCUUUCUGAUCACUCAGUGGCAGGUAAAAGUACUCGAAUAUUCCCCCAAGUAUCUAUACACUUGAAUUAAAAAUAAUAGAGCCACCCCCUCAUCACUUAAGCCAUAUUAUAGUGUCAUGUACUGUAAAGUGAGGGAUGUACUGUGAUACUUUAAGACCACUAAUCUCAGUGGAAUUUCAGGACAUAGCAUCAUGUGGUAAUUAUGCCUGACUAAGGGUUCAUUCUUCCUUAGAUUGAAGUCCAAAAAACGAUCUGCACCUCUGGAUCAAAGGCCACGUAUGUGUGAUCAGCAUUAGUGGAUAGUCAUAGAGUGCUUAUGAUCUGCUCUUAUUAUUCUCAUAGUAUGGAACUCCAUGACUUCACAUCUCUAGAAAUGCUUAAUACAACCCAAAAGAGCUAAGAGGGGUGCAGCCAGGAGUCAAUACUGACUUCUGACCUCAGCAGAUGUCAGUGGUAUAACAAUCUCAUAAGCUUAAGAGGUGUAGAAAAUGUAUGUGCAAGUAAAAUCCAAAGUUCUGAGCAAGGGCAAGCUAUUGCUAUUGAUUAAAAGCCAAGAAGGAAUAUCAUUGAAGAAAUGAUUUUAAUGUUUCAGACUUUCCCCCUUAGAUUUUCAAUAAUUACCUUGUGAACAAUCAUGGAGAAAAGGAAAACUAGAGAUACAGAAUCAGAAUAAAUAAAACUCUAAAACUGGGAUCCACAUCUUUGGCAAUUAACCUCAGACCUCAAUUUCUCUGUACUUAAGAUGAAAAUAAUAGUUAAUAUUUUAAAGUGCCAAGUAUUCAAUAGAAUUUAAAAAAUAGAAUCACUACUAUUACCCAGAUAGACUCUUUUUAGUUCACUCUUUGAUGAUGCAUCUGCAUGCAGUCAACAGUUCCCAAAAAGUAAUUAUUACAUAUCAACGAGGUAAUGAAAUUACCAGGGAGAAAUAUGGGGUUAGCAUUGUUCCAGGACCUCUCUCUUGCUUCAGUGUGUACCUCGACAAUGGUGCAACUCAAAAUCAGUGUUUCAUCCCAGAACAAAUGGUGUUGCCACCUUCACAGUGCCACAACUGAAACUCUAUGAAGUCAUUGCACUAUCACUAGGUUACUGUUGUUUUUUUUUUUUUAAUUGACUUCUUAAAUCCAAGAAGUUAACUUUAAAUCCUUGGGAAAACAAAACAAAACAAAACAAAACAACCAUGUCCCUAGUUCUAUCCAGUCAUUCUGCUUCCCUGGAAGUUGCUUAAAUGUAGGAUCUGCUGGUGGUCAAUUUGCUGUCCCUGUUGAUUCCGCAGCAUUUGGUUUCAGUACCUUAGACAGCUAUUUGUGGUUUCCUGGUAGGCACGGAUGAGCCACUUCCUCCCCCUGCAGUCUGUGGGCUUGAUGACGCCUGGACAGUUCCCUUUCUUCUCUACUGCCACCAAAGUAAUCAUUAUGGGAACAGUAUCACUGAUACACUAAGACAGGAAUAUACAGGGAUCGCAACAUUAAGUGUCUGCCUCUGGUAUAGGUGAGUGGCCUUCACCCUGAAAGUGUGUGUCAGGCUGCAUGAUAAGAAAUUAAUACUAAACUCCCAUCAGACAAGUACUAGGUAGAUUUUUUACUGAAAUAGAAGCUUAUUAAAAAGUACUCAGUGCAAUGGUAUGUACAAAUAGAGAAAAAAAUAACUGUGAUCUUUUUUUCCUACACUAUUACUGGAAAUGCCCAAAUAUGAACUGGAGUUCGUUCCCUCUGAACAAAUCCAUUGUCAAAUCUUCAACGUGUAACCUCCAAAUCUAGGUGCCGAGUGCUUUGUGGCAGUUGUUUACACACCUGAGAAACACAUUCUGGAAGCUGUGAUCUUGGGCCUGGACCAUGUGUUGAAACAAACAAGGGACGUUGUGACCAACCAAGCUGAUGGAGGAAAAGCACAAAAUUCAACCCAACCAUUAGGAGCCCAAGGAGAUUGGGGCUUUAUAGUCAAUAUAUAAGUUAAUAAAUAAGUGACAAGUCAAAUAUGAGUCUGAUUGGAACGGCCAAUGUCCAGCUUCCCAGAAGAAGGACGGGGAUAGACUGCCUUCCCGAGCUGUGUCAUGUGGGCUCCGAUUUUGAAUCUCAACCAGGACCAAUCCACCUUCAUCAAACUCACUUUUUAGGGCAUAACGGCUCAAUUUUGGUCCCAGACUCUCCAUCCUGCACUGACCAGAAGAGAACAACAAAAGAGAGCGACAGGAUGUGAAUGGAGGAAACAUUUUCAUGGCAAACUCAGAAAUGGAAAUGCUUAUAUUCAGAAUCAGAUGAGCUUCAAUAUGAAUUUGCAUCUUGCCUCUGUACUGCUUGCUAUUUUUUAAUGAUAGGAAAAAGCAUAACAGUUUAUUUUAAAUAUGAAAUAUAUUGCUAUAUUAUAAAAUAUAUUGUAACUUUCAAUUAACAUUUUGUAUCAAACUAGUCUUCAGCAGGUCCAGUGUCAGCCUGCUCUCCCAACCACUGUUUCUGGGUACAUAUUACUGUUACUGAUCGCCUGACACCCAGACCUAGGGUCCUCAGCCUACAGAACUGCCACACUCAAAUUCUCUGAGACCCAGCUAUUAGAGACAAAAGAACAUUAUUCCAAGCUUAGAAGAAUAACUCUACCCUAAAUCCUAUCAAGCCAUUUCAGAAGAGAUUUUAAAAGCCAUCACUCCUUUAGUUGCUGUGCAGAGCCAGUUUAAUAAAAGUGCAGACUCUUUCUAUAUAAAUGCAAAGGCCCCAUUAUGUAAAUUAUAUGUCUCCAACUCAGCCAGCCAGUUUUUCCUUUGGCAAUAUCACAAUUGGGCAUAAGGAAAAGUCUUGUUCUCCUGUGACAUGAAAGACUCGAAAUUCUAAGCAUUAUGACUUUCUAUGUCAGAGUGAAAUGGGAUUGGUAUUCCAGUGACAAUGAGAACCCACUGCACAGAUGUGCUUUUAUGAAUUGGCAGUACCCUGGUGGGAACAAGAUUUCCACAUAGUUAUCCACAACAUGGAGCAUAGCUCCUAAGGGAAUGAGGGAGGAGACAGGACAUGCACAGCAAAAUCCAGCAUGGAGCUGGGCUGCUUUUUCUGCUAGUUUACUCUAGCUGGGAGGAAAGAAAGCAUUUUAAUCAAGAUGUUUUCCUUUAUACACAAAAUUAGGGGAAAUUCUCCACUUAAACAUCUUAUGAAAUCCAUCCCCCUCCUUCUCUGGUGUAGCAGUGGAAACACACAUACAAAUGAUCGCUUCCCCCCUCUCAAUGGCCAAGGGACUACUUCUAGGUAAAAACAGGAUGCGUUUGGUUACAGGCAAAAGUUUCCAAGAAUCAUUGCCCAAGGGGGUCUACAUGCGAUGCAAGCCAGGAAGCAUCAGUGUCGAUUUAACUGAGGGUGAGUAGCUCUUCCCUUCUGAAAAUACCCAGAUGUAUUGAUAGUGCAAAAUAACAGACUUUCUCUGGGAAAAAGGCUGGAAUCUUCUCAAGCCUCCACUCACUUGAGUUGAAAUGGAAGUAAGACUGGGGCCUCAGUGGCCCUGUGAUAUUAGUGGUACCCCCCCAUCCUGCAAUGGUAUUAGUCAUUCAUGCCCUGUGAAAGAUACCUGAAUGGCCAGCUUCAAUAUGCUUGUGUAGCUGAGACCUCAUUCAAACACACAUUUUAUAUUCUUGUGGAGCUAAAUUCUCUUAGUGUGUGUGUACAGCUCCUCAGUUCCAUGGCAGGCUGGGCUCCAUUAAGUCAUCAGAACUCCAGGGCACCUGUUUUUAACAGGUUACUCGGUCACUGAAUAAUGGAAAUUAGUUUAUUCUCAAUUUUAUAAUUGACUGAUGAAUGUAUUGGUGGUGAUUGAUUUGUCUUGUAAUACUUUUCUGCUACUAAAUUGAACUGUCUUAGCUUUUCCUUCUAGCACUUCUCAGACUGAAUAAGACUUUACAUUUAUAGAGAGUGAAUAUUUUCUGAUUUUUCCCCCUUAUUAUUCAGUCUACAUCAAGGAAAACAAUACAGCUUUCCAAUGUGGGGAAAGCAGACCUCUUGACAGUAAUUCAAUUAACCCCUUCUACUCAGUGUGGACCACAAGCCAGCUGCAUGAGCACCACUUGGGAACUUGUUAGAAAUGCAGAACCUCAGGCCCAUGAACAAUCUGUCAAAUGAAAUUUUAACAAGCUCUCCAGGUUAAAAAAAAAAAAAAUAGACCUCCCAGGUGGUCUAUAUAUACAUGAAAUGUUGAGAACCACUGACCUCAUCACCUCAGCUAUGGUAACCAACCAAUAUCAUUAAUAAUUGGCAAAUUAAAGCAUUUCUUCUUUGACCCUCAUUUACAGACUAGAAUUGCGGGAUGAAGUAAAGGUCCUGGAUGUUCAUAAGGAUAAAAACGAAUGCACCUUACAAUUUUCUGUGAGGCCAUAUAACAUGGAUGGUGUACACAAAACAAUAGAAAGCCAAAAAGAGGCAGUAUCAUCCCAGUCAAAUUUAAAAAGCAUCCACUUUCAUAGUUUUGAGUCACCUGAGAGUCCUGUCUUAGAUUUUUUCAUUUUCCUUUAUGCUGGCAGGGCUUCAGACUAGCAGGUGGUCCCUCAGGCUGGGUCCCUUGGGCGCCCAGCGGGCUCUCUGCUCAGCGCUGACAGAGCCACAUCUGUGUUCCUUCCUUGAGAAGCUCAGCAUCCACACAAGGGAACUCUCCUCCCCUAGAGGAAACUGGCCAGAGAAGUUAGUUUAACUGUCAAGACACAUUCCUAAUCUCUUUUUCAACCAAUUCAGAGAGACUCCAAAGUGAGCAAGGAAAGAGGUGAAUCCUGAUAUUGGCACCAUAAAUCGAUAUGUACCCAGAAACAGUUAUGUUCUGAACUAAUGGCUUUAACCUGUUCAUUGUAAAAAGUGCCUUGGACUUCAAUCUAAAGAGGUCAGUAUAAAUAUAUAUGUGUGUGUGUGUGACUUAUGUAGGCAAAUAUUUACAUAUUUAUACAUACAUAGGUGCACACACAUGUACCCGCACAUUCAUAUAUAAUAUAUACAUACAUAUAUAAGCGCUUCGUAAUAUAUCACAUUGCUAUUCGCAGCUCCAUUUCUUUUGUCUGGUUCUAUGUUUGUUUAGUGAGACCUUUACAUAGAGAGGUUCUAUUCAGGACAUCGAUGUAUUUUUUUGUUUGUUUUUUACUUU